CACAUACACACACCACACAACACAUGGAGUACUACUCAAGCCUGUUGCUGUUCACCUGGACGGUAUUACCAGGACUCCACCACUGCUUCAACAUUGACACGAAGAGAGCCAAGAUCAUCCGUGGUUCUGAGGAAGCCCAGUUUGGGUACACGGUCCAGCAGCACCUGGCAGAGGGCCAGAAGUGGCUGCUGGUGGGAGCUCCCUUUGAAAGCAGCGGUCAGCACCAGACUGGAGAUGUGUACAGAUGCCCGCUGGACCCCCUCCCUGAUGCCAACUGCACCAGGCUCAAUCUGGGGAGCGAGUCUAUGAGCUAUGUAUCAGAGCGUCCGGACAACAUGAGAAUUGGAAUGUCACUGGCAACCAACCCUGAAGAUCAGAGUUUUGUGGCCUGCGGCCCUCUGUGGUCCUAUGAGUGUGGAAGUGCGUACUACAGCACAGGCAUCUGCUCCAGAGUCAACAGCUCCUUCCAGUUCACAAACAGCAUCGCCCCUGCCUUCCAGCGAUGUGAGACGUUCAUGGACAUAGUGAUAGUUCUAGAUGGUUCCAACUCUAUAUACCCCUGGUAUGAGGUGCAGGACUUUCUUAUUAAUGUACUGCAGAAGUUCUGCGUUGGGUCGGGUCAAACACAGGUGGGCAUCGUGCAGUAUGGGCAGCGGGUGGUGCAGGAGUUUGCCCUGGACGACUACCAUUCUGUGGAGGAGGUGGUGAGGGCGGCCAAGAACAUCGAGCAGAGAGGCGGAGAGGAAACACGCACCGCCCUGGGCAUCAGCAACGCACGGUCUCUGGCCUUCAAGCGCGGCAGCCGAGAAGGAGCCAAAAAAGUGAUGAUUGUGAUCACAGAUGGAGAGUCUCAUGACAGUCCUGACCUGCAGAAGGCUGUUGAGGACAGUGAGAAGGAUAACAUCACGCUGUACGCCAUAGCUGUGCUGGGCUACUACAACCGCCGAGGCAUCAACCCCGAGGCCUUCCUCAGAGAGAUCAAGUUCAUUGCCACCGACCCCGACGAACACUUCUUCAGCGUGACGGACGAGUCGGCCCUCAAAGACAUCGUAGACGCCCUGGGAGAGAAGAUCUUCAGUCUCGAGGGAACCAACAAAAACACGACAUCGUUUGAACUGCAGAUGUCCCAGGCAGGGUUCUCCUCACACAUAGUGGAGGAUGGGGUCCUGGUCGGAGCAGUGGGGGCAUAUGACUGGAAUGGGGCUGUUCUUAAAGAGACUGGUCAUGGGAAUGUGAUCCCUCCCAAGUCCUCCUACAGCAAAGAGUUUCCUGAGAGCUUGAAGAACCAUGGGGCUUACCUAGGUUACACGGUCACCUCAGUGAUAUCAGCUCAAAAUGGCCGCUUGUAUGUGUCUGGAGCCCCACGCUUCAACCACACGGGGAAGGUCAUCAUUUUCACCUUGAAGAACGAUGGGAACCUCACCAUCCUGCACGCCCUUAAAGGACAGCAGAUUGGCUCGUACUUUGGCAGUGAGAUCACUCCGCUCGACGUGGAUGGGGACCGAGUGACAGACUUCCUGCUGGUGGCAGCUCCCAUGUUCUUCAGCAAGGGCUGGGAGAAGGGUCGUGUGUAUGUGUACAGAGGUACUCAGACCCGCUUCAUCCUGGCGGGCUCACUGGAGACGGGGGAGCAGGCCCAGAACUCGCGGUUCGGUUCCGCCCUGGCCUCUGUGCCGGACCUGAAUGGAGACGGCUACAGUGAUGUGGUGGUGGGCGCUCCUCUGGAGGACGAGCACAGGGGGGCCCUCUACCUCUUCCACGGCCGACAGGAUGGGGUCCAACCCAAGUACAGACAGAGGAUAGCGGCUUUGGGUCUGGACCCUGGGCUGCGGUACAUGGGCUGCAGUGUCCAUGGGAGCAUGGAUGCUAACGGAGACGGUCUGGUGGAUUUGGCCGUGGGCUCACUGGGUGCUGUGGUGCUGCUAUGGUCUCGGACUGUCAUACGUGUCCACCUAAGUGUGAGUUUUGAGCCUUCAAAGAUCAAUGUGUUCAACAAAGAAUGCCGCCGGGCUGGGAAGGACGUGACCUGCAUGGCAGCCAUCGUGUGUGUGAGGGUCACAGCGCAGACCCCCAUGCCCCCAACACAGGGCGUAGCUCUGAGGAGGAGUGUGCACAUGGAUGGGCAGAGGUUCUCCCCUAGGGCUGUGCUGGAUGAUGAGGCGCAGCUCCACUCCAACAUCACUGUGCAGCCAGACACGCCGUACUGCCAGCGCCUCCCCUUCCACGUGCAGGAGAGCUCAGAUUAUGUGCGUCCUGUAGUCUUCACUACGGAGGCGGCUCUGCAGGACCCAGACCACGGGCCUGUCAUGGAUGAGGACUGGCCUACGUCUCUACGGGUGGAGCUGCCCUUCUGGAAUGGCUGUGGGGAGGACGAGCGCUGUAUCCCCAACCUCAUCCUGAACAGCCACUCUGACCUGCUGGACCACCAGCAGUUUUGUGGCCAGAGGAAGUGCUCUGGCUGUACCCUGUGUGAGCCGCAGGUGGCGCUGCAGGGUGCGGAGCGUGUGGUGGAGGCGACGCGCAGACGCAUGUUUGUGGAUGCUCGUCUAGAGAACCGUGGGGAGAACGCGUACGGAACCACACUCAGCAUCUCCUACAGCCCCAACCUGUGCUUCUCCAGCCUGGUGCUAAAGGGUUCCUCAGACAUCCAGAUCGACUGUGCCAGUGUAUCUGAUCAAGGCCACCGGAGAGUCUGCAACGUCAGCGCCCCCUACAUGAGAUCCCAGAGUCAGGUGUUUUUCCGUGUAGAGUUUGAGUUGAGCAGGUCCGUCUUCCUUGACCAUGUGCAGGUCAUCCUGGAGGCCCGUAGUGAGGGAGAUGAGUGGAGUCCACAGGACAACUCCAAUGACCUCUACCACCCUGUCAAAUAUGAGGGGGACCUUCUCUUCACAAGAGACUCAAACCCCACCCGCUUUGAAAUUAAACCAGAACUUUCUAAAACCCGUCCUGGUGGCGCAGGACCGACCUUUAACCUUUCAUACCAGAUCCAGAACCUGGGACUGUACCCAGUAGAGGAGCUGCAGGUUACCGUGGAGAUGUCGGCCAUCACCAGCAGUGGCAAUCAGCUCCUGCACAUCACCCAUUUCCACAUAGACCAGAAUGUAGACUCACAAUGCGCACCCUCCCGCUCCAUCCCUCCAACACGAGCUUUACCUGAAGACCUCUCGCUCACACCGCAGCUGAACCGCUCCAACAGUCUGGCCCUGACGGUGCAAUGCAGCGUGAGCUUACCUGCCCUGGCAGAGGUCAGCGUGACCAUAGGAGGGUGGCUUCACCUCCAAGCCUUACUGGCCGUGGAGUUCAGGAAGCUGGAGCUGGUUACGAUCGCGUCUGUGGAGCUCAACCCGGCCAGUUCCACUUUCCUGUUCGAGGCUCGGCCCACGCGACAAAUAAUCCUGGAGAUUAGAAAAGAGGAAGAGUACAGCAUUCCCAUCUGGAUUAUAAUCGGGAGUACAUUGGGAGGGCUGCUGCUCCUGGCGCUGCUGGUCCUGGCGUUGUGGAAGCUGGGCUUCUUCCACCGGCGGAAACGCGAUAAAGAGGAGGAAAACCAGCUGACCGAUGAGAAGACACCUGAACAGCGGUAACCCUGGUGACCACACAGCCUCUCUAUGGCUCAGGUAUACAGAUGGGAAACUGUGGACAUGGGUGUGGCCUCUGCUGAUCACACAGCCAAUCAGCACCUGUCAAGCCCUGCUGAUCCUGCCCAAUUAGGUUCUACCGUCUCCCUGCCUCAACCUUGGCUUCAUUCAAGAGAUACAGGAGGCCCAACCGUCACCAGCUCUUACACACCUGCCUCAGAGGAGAAACAGUCACUGCAUGCCUGUGAUGGCAUAGCUGUUGGCAGAGGGCUGCCUCCCUUAAAAAAAAAAAAACUUUGCCAAUGGUUUGAAGUGACUGCCAAGAAGAACUUGAAAGACAUGCCUAACAAAUCAGUGUUCAAAGAUAAAUGUUGUAUGUGGGGAAUUGUAGUUUUAGGUGUAGUGAGGCUAGUGGAGUGGACAGGAAGCUCUGUAUGUUUCCUGUGUGAGUGAUCAUCUCUUGGCCUCCAGUUAGCUUCCACCAGGGGAAUAACCAGCACACCCAACACUGAUAUAAACCUAACCCUGAUAUACCAUAUGUGUUGGAACAUAUUUAUAACCCUAACCCUAGGGUUUGAACAUAAUUAUAAUCCUAUCCCUUGCGUUUGAACAGAAUUAUAAUUUUAUGUGGAAGUCACAAUAAGACUACAUUUAUUAUUUUGUACACCAUGAUCAUCCAGUAGGCCGUCUAACCAGACCUCAUUCAGUCAACCAUGAGACCGAGUCACAGUGAAACUUCACCCAUCAUCCAGAAGGAUCCAGAACCCAGAGGGCUAUCAUGUAACCUUGCUUUUUUAUAAAUACAGCAAAAGUACUUUGCUGAAAGUUAAAUUACAGUAUGUCAACUUGGCUUAGGAUCUGUUGUGUUUGGUGGCUUAAUAUGCAGAGGUGGGGGGGGGGGGGGUUACAUAACUGACUACGUGAAUUAUCCUAUCAGAACUGUAUUUGUCAACAUGUUGAUGCACUUUCUAAUGUACAUUACAGAUAAACUUGAAGUUUGUAAAUAGCUCGUAGUGCCUUACCCACUACCACACAAUGGAAAGCACAGUUCACAAAGAGAGGCAUUAUUAUUAAACUGUACAAACAUCACUACAUUACAAAACUACGACCGUGUGCUUUUAGUGGACAAUAUGAUGCAGCUUAGCACAUGGCCACGUAGCAGUAUACCCUUCACCACAUACAUGCCAUAGGUACAAACCCUGAGUACAUGCAUGUGUGUGUGUGUGCGUGCGCUUGUACAUGCCUGUGUAUGCAUGUGUGUGGAUGGAUUAGGAAAGGCUUUGCAGGGGCUAGUUUAAAACUGCGAACACUCUAGAUCAGAUGGCAGAUAAGCAGUGAAAGCAUUGAGAACUAGCUAUUACAGCUGCAGCACCGUAGGAUGGACCCUGAGAGCUGGCAUGCAAGCUAAAGGCUUGAGGUGAAUCUCAUCUCCAUUAAAGGAGAUGAUGACACUUAAGGUUUUGGCAGAUAUCUUGGCAGAUAUGCCGAGUUAUCUUUAACCAAGUUAUUGCUCUCACAAGGGCUGAGCAAAAUACUAUAUGCAGAUUAACAACCAAUUACAUUUUACUGGCAUUCGCUCAAUCUUCACAUCUAAAUAAAGGACUAUUUUACUGGCAUUCGCCCCAUCUUCACGUCUAAAUAAAGGACUAUUUUACUGGCAUUCGUUACAUCUUCACGUCUAAAUAAAGGACUAUUCCUGACGUCUGGAUGUUGCUUGUUUGUCUCUCACAAUUGGUAUGAUGGAAAAUGAAAAACAUACCCUCUCAAAGGAAGUAGUCAUUCCGUUUUAGACAAGGAUUUAUAUGACACCAAUCCUGCUGCUGAAUGUUAUACUUCAAACUUGUUUUAAGGCAAACCCAAUCUCAUAUAGAAGAUCUGUCUCCGAGUCUUCCCCUUCAGUCUAAAAACUCACCAGGGGCUUCAAGAAGGCACAGAUGGCUGUUAAGAUGGC